CUUAUAUGUCAUAUGUCUUAUUUGUCUUAUUUGUCUUAUAUGUCUUAUACCUCUCUUUAUCUCACUAAACGCUAAACUCACUAAUCCCCUAAUUACAACAAAUUUAUAAUUAUGGAGUAUUAACAAGUCAAAAUCGGGGAAAGUCUGAUUACUCGAGUCCCUUUCCUGUACGUACUUUUCAAAACAGAGUAAGCACCAUCUUUUACCGGCUGAUGAAAAGACAGGCUACCAUGCCACUUCUCACCGGCGGCUGACUGUACUAUACACAUCUUAUAUAUUUUAUACAUACAACAUCGGUGAUUAUUAGCUACCGGUCUAGCUAUCGACCACACGCCCUCGGUGGUUUCAUCACGGGAAUCUGACAUUCGUAUUAUUACUAUUGUGUACCUUGUUCUGUCCUGCCCCCCAUCUGCAGUGAAUCCAAAUCCAAACAAACAAUUUAAUCCUCCGCUGUCCCCCUUCCCGGUCAGACCCUUUCCACACCUGGGCAUUUAGGUAUCACAACUUCCCACGAGCUGCCAGUACCUACCACCUAGCAGCACACUCCACUCCGUACCUCCAUAGCCUCUUUCACAUUCUGCCGGCGUCUAUUAUCACGAGAUUCACGAGAAUCACAGAACAAUCACAGAACCUGGAAAAUAUGGAGGAUACUCGAUUUGAUUCAUCUCGCAAACGACCACGACCAGUUGUGUCUUGUCUAAGAUGUCGUGAAAAGAAAUUGAAAUGCGAUCGACUUUUACCGUGUCAAAACUGUACCAAGGUCCCAGGUGGCUCAAAUGAAUGUACUUACAAUCACGACCCUGCGAAAUCAAUCCCGAAAUCACGACCUGCGACAAAUUCACCGGGAGAUCGCACACCUGACCUUAGGAACAUACCAACAUUAGGGAAUAGUGUAAAUAUCAUCCAGGUACGUCUUUUAUUAGAUACUAUGUAGCUGAUUUCUGCAAUCACUUCCAUCUUAGCUAAUACAUCUUCUCCUUUCCCUAGAGUAAUAAUGGUGGGGUUGGAGUCGUUGAAGAACUUCAAUCUCGUGUUGCAAGACUUGAAGAGCUACUGCAAGUCUCCGGAAAGUUAUCAAACAUUCAAAGAUCAACAUCACAAUCAUCACCAACUCACAGAGUAUCAAAGCGUACAAAUGUUCCGCCUAGAUUGAUACCAGGUCUUUGUAACCUGAUUGUGAAAGGAUCGAGGAGUAGAUAUCAUGGUCAAAAUGAUCGAAUCACCUUGUUGAAUCAGGUAUGCGCUCCGCUGAUUUUCCGUCCUACCUAUUAUAUUGAUCUGAUUUGAUACGAUACCACACGAUACGAUACUAACAUUAUUUGAAGUUUCCCGAGGCAAAAGAUUUCAUAAAUAAGAGUGCAAACAGUAAUACUUCCAUCAUUAACCUUGCCAAAGAUGUUCAAUAUCUACAGCAAAAGUCCCGGGGUCAUCUUACCAUGAGAAAGGAGACAUCAAGUCAAGAAAGUGCAGCGAUUCUUUCAAAGCUUCGAGAAUUUCUUCCCGGAAAACCUGUUUGUGACAGGCUGUUAAAAAUCUACACUGAUAAUUUUGAAAAGAGUUCAAGGAUUCUUCAUGUGCCUUCCUUCCUUCGUCUGUACUCGCAAUUUUGGACAUCCCCCGACGACAAGAUAUUCCAAACCUCGUCGUUUUUACCUCAGUUGACAACCAUACUGGCGAUAUGUUACAAAUUCCUCGAUAGCAAUUCAGGAUUUGAUGACGAUCAGAAAACAUAUCUCGAAAUGGCAUCACUUGAGCUUGUAACGGCUUGGAUUGAUACAAUCAGUAGGAAGCAGGCAAUCGAUAUAUCAAGUCUGCAAACAGAAACACUUCUCCUCCUUGCCCGACAGUUACAACUUCUUUCUCCAGAUAAGUUAUGGUGUGCCACGGGUGCUUUGGUCCGUUCCGCCAUGGUUAUGGGACUUCACUUAAGACCAGCGGAAUAUAAGAAAAUCUCACCGUUUCAUGCUGAACUAAGACGAAGAAUCUGGGUAACAAUUGUUCAAAUGGACCUACAAGCAUCCAUGGCUGCAAGCAUGCCAAGUAUUGUUCCUGACAUAGAUUUCAAUCAACUGGCUCCAGCAAAUCUAAACGAUACGGACUUUGACGAAUGUACAACCGAGCUCCCCCCUUCAAAACCUUUAUAUGAAUGGACCGACUCCCUUGCCCAAGUUACAUUAGCUAUGUCUCUAGCCCAGCAGCUGAAGGUUGUGUCGCUUAUCAAAGAUAUUAGCCCUGUCAUGGAUCUUACGGAAGUGGUCAGAGAAGGGAGAAAACUGGAGGAGCUUUUGCGACGUGUACCAGCACCACUCAAACUAGAUGGAACACUUCAACGUUCCCCUUCCCAUCUAUUGGAUUGCGUUUUGCUGGAUAUAUAUCUCAGGAGACCUUUUCUCAAUCUUUAUCGAUUACUUCUAUGGGAAGAGCGGCAAGAUGACCCUUCUUUCCGGGAGAUGCAACAGAUUUGUUUGGAAUCGUCAGUCGCCAUUCUUUCUUACCAGGAUUAUUUUGAUCCCUCAGUCGCCGACUUGGAUCUACUAAGUACAAACUUGUAUUGGAUCAUGUUCCAAAUCUGUUGCAAAAAUGAUGUUUUAGCCGCUGUCUUGAGUGUCUGCCAAUAUAUCAAAACGUCAACAUCUGGAUAUCAAAGCAAUAUGCCAAGUCCGGGAUUUACACCGAAUCAAUUUCCAACGAGCCUACCAAGUCCUCCAGCAACAAAUACACAAUUUUCAAAAGCGAGACUCACUCGGAUAGUGGAAAGCACACUAGAAGGCUUCACCAAAAGAGUUGGAGAAUUCGGUAGUGACCUCAAAGAUGUUCUCAUUCUUUCCGUAGUGAUGCAAUCAGUACGAGCGAAUGGUACAUCUGAUCUAAAAGAGAACUUGAUGUACGAAGGUGCUAAGAAGGCGUUGUCAACUUGCAGGCAAACCUUGCUACAAUCUUUCCCCAAUGAAGAAGUCAAGCUUCCGUCUCAAAGUCCCGAACUGAACAAGGUAAGGAGUUGCUAUGAAUUGUGAAGCGACACAAAUGGAUUAAUUUUCUUGCAGGACAAUAAAAACACCAUAAGGACAGCACCAACAGCAGACGUUUCAAUGCCUAUCGUAGACCAGGCCAUGUAUACCAAUCAGCCGGGAUAUUUAGAUCAAUUAACCACUUUGACACCUGAAAUCAGUCAGGUAAAUCCCUCUUUCUGUUAUAUUUCUCGUUGAAAUUUGCGUGCAACCCCUAUAACAUCAUACUAAUCUGAUUUGUCUCCAUUAUAGUUCCAAGGUGACAUCUUCGAUUUUUCAGAUGCCGGUAUAUUCAAUGUUGAUAAUGAUUGGAGUUAUAGUGAAUCUUGGCAAUAAAAGUUAUUCAAAAUGAUUAGAAUAGGAACAAAAAAUACACCCAGUUGUUACCGAUUUGACAUUUGGCUCAUGCAAAUUUCCUCAGUAUUCAUUUCGGUCCGUUCUAUUUCUUUAUUUUUCACGACGGAACACCUCAGUAUAGAUCAUACAACAAGGAUUAAAACCAUCCAAACCCAGGGGCGACAAGUACACUUUCAACU